AUGGAUAACUCUACCUCGACCAUCAUAAAUGACAUUCCUAAUGCCCCGCCACGCCACGGAAGCCCAGUUGUCGCAUUCAUAAUUGGCCUCGCCAUCAUAUUGCUCGCGUCCAUACUGAACGCAGCUGGACUCAACCUUACGAAACUCGAUCACGUAUGGACGAGCGCAAUACCGAAAUCCGCAAGGAAAAAGGAUUGGAUGAGGCCGUUGUGGUUGCUGGGCAUGCUUCUCUACAUACUAUCACAGCUCAUUGGCAGCACACUGGCGCUCGAGUACAUGCGCGCAGAAUACGUAGCGCCGCUGGGCUCCACGUCGCUCGUAUUCAACUUUCUGUUCGCCCGCUUUCUUGUCGGCACACCAGUGACAAGUACUGACAUCUACGGUACCAUCAUCGUGAUCAUUGGUGUAAUAGGCAUCGUUGCCUUCGGCUCCAUCAAUAGCGGACUCGCGACUGAAACGGAUGCAGCCCAUCUAUCACAUCUGUGGAGGCGCGGUGGCUGGCUGGGAUUCUUCUUCUUUAUGGCAUUCUCCCUGGCCCUGCUCUUACUAUUCACCAGCAAGCUUGAUGCCCUUCUUGCUGCCCGGUCGGAGAUCAAUGCGGCUCCUUUCUCAGGGAUACCUAUACCCCCAACUUCAACUACUGCGGGUCCUAGAAGGGAAGGCCAAGAACUGUCCCCGUGGCAGAAGGUUGCUGGCGUAGGAAGCGCGAUCCGUGGGUACUGGGAUGCGGCUAUGGUCAAGGUUGGAGAGUGGUUAGAACUGUGGACGGCGUCAAAGGACGACAAACAGAUUGCAUGGACGCUCGGAAUAGGUUGGGCUUGCUGUGGGGGUGGUUUAGCCGGUGGUUGCCUGGUAUUCGCCAAAGCCUCUGUUCAACUCAUCUCAGGCUCGCUUUCACACGAGAACACCGGUAACCAGUUCGGACACGCAUCCAGUAUCUUCACGUUUAUAUUCCUGGCGACCACAGCCGUUCUGCAAAUCAUUUGUUUGAACAGAGGCUUGAAAGUUUACGAUUCGACCUUGGUGGUUCCCGUGUUCUAUGGUGUAUACACAGCUUCUGGAUUUCUAGAUUCUCUGAUCUUCAACAAUGAAGUCGAUGCCUACCAAUCGUGGACGUUAUUCCUCAUCUUCGUGUCUAUCUUGAUCCUCAUAUCUGGUGUGGUCCUUCUCACGCACAAGAAGCCCGAGCCUCUGCAUAAUAAGGCUAAGACUUCGCCCGUCGUCUCAGCGCGACAGAGUCACCGAGGGAGAACUCCCACUAAGAAGUCUCCAGGGGAUGGCGAUGAUGACGAAGACGAAGCCGGAGAGGAUCACGCUCUGCGAACGAGGGUUGAGGGUGAAGAAGACGGGGAGGCUCUGUGGUCGCUUGGCGACGCUAGUGACGACGAAGACGAUGGCUUGGACUCCAAAGCGCACAAGCCACUACAUGCCACUGGAAGUUCUAGCCGUGUACAUCUCGGUGACGAGGGCGCUCGACUGAUAAAUGGUGCCGAAGAUGACGCUGAAGAUGGCUCUCCUGAACACAGGGACAGAUCCACUCAUCUGCGGAGGUCGAUGAGCUCUGAUGCGACACUUCCCGUGUCGGCCAAAGACACAGUGCCAUUUAGUGACGAACAUGAAGAUUAUGGCGAAUGGAAGUAUGCUAAACCACCGAAGCCAUGA